AUGAUCGCAAUAUGGCUACUUGUAGCUGCACUAGCUAAGAUUUUGUUCCAUGUAUUCAAACCAAUCUCCAACGUGUUACCCGACUCAUCUCUAUUAAUCGCAGUCGGUCUUGUCAUCGGGUUACUUCUGAAGGAAACCGGAGCCCAUAUAAAUUAUUCACUUGACUCUCAUGUUUUCUUUCUAUAUUUGCUACCACCUAUUAUUUUCGAUGCGGGUUACUUUAUGCCUAACAGGGCACUUUUUGAGAAUUUCGACUCGGUGCUGCUCUUCGCCGUAGUGGGCACUAUAUGGAACUGCUUAGCCAUUGGAUGCUCACUGCUGUUACUCUCCAGCUAUGGUAUUUUCUCCAUGGAAUUCUCUACCACCGAGAUUUUCGUCUUUUCUGCUCUCAUCUCAGCUGUUGAUCCGGUAGGUUGA